AUGGAUAAAGAUCAGCAUAACACUGUGAUCUUUAAUGCUUCGAAGAGGGAACUGUUUACCAUAAACAACGGAUACAAGUUACUGCAGAAGAGACUUCGGGCUCAAUGGAGGGUUCAAAGUAUGAAGGAGGAAUUGACACUGGAGAAGAUGAAAGGGGGUAGAUUGUGGAUCACUGCUGGUCCAAGGGAAAAGUUCACAGCAUCAGAGAUGGAGGUACUUAAGCAUUACCUUGAUGAAGGGGGAAAUGUACUUGUAAUGCUGGGUGAAGGAGGAGAAUCUAAAUUUGACACCAAUAUUAACUUUCUUCUGGAGGACCUGGGUAUAAUGGUCAAUAAUGAUGCAGUUGUGAGGAAUGUAUACUAUAAAAACUUCCACCCAAAAGAGGCACUUGUAUCCAAUGGUGUCUUGAAUAGGGAAAUCAGCCGAGCUGCUGGAAAAGUUAUGACUGGAAUUACAGAAGAUGAAAAUGUGGGGAAUAAUGCGCAAGCUUUAACAUUUGUCUAUCCCUAUGGUGCUACACUGAGUGUAAUGAAACCUGCUGUAGCUGUUCUUUCAAGUGGCUCAGUCUGUUUCCCCCUUAACAGACCUGUUUUAGCCUUUUACCAAGGAAAGGAGGCUGGCAAAUUAGCUGUACUGGGUUCCUGUCACAUGUUUAGUGACCAGUACAUAGACAAAGAGGAGAAUGGUAAAAUCUUGGAUGUUCUGCUGCAGUGGUUUAUGACUGAUACAGUUCAACUCAAUCAGAUUGAUGCAGAAGAUCCAGAGAUCACAGAUUACACCAUGUUGCCAGACACUGGAAGCUUGUCUGAGCAACGGCGAGUUUGUUUACAAGAAGGUGAUGAAAACCCCAGGGACUUCACACAACUCUUUGUUAUGUCACUGUUUAACAUGUCCACCGAUACGUUGCCCCAAGUUAUUAGUGCCUACAAGCAACUUAAUGUUAAAUCUGAGCCACUUCAGUUGAUCACCCCACAGUUUGAAACUCCACUUCCUCCGCUACAGCCUGCUGUAUUUCCUCCUUCUACAAGCGAUUUACCUCCACCAAUGCUUGAUCUGUUUGAUCUGGAUGAGUCAUUCUCAUCUGAGAAAGUACGCCUUGCACAACUCACCAACAAGUGCACAGAGGAUGAUCUUGAGUUUUAUGUGCGAAAAUGUGGAGAGAUUUUGGGGGUAACGGCAAAGUUGGAUAAAGAAAAGAGAGACGCCAAGCACAUUUUGGAACAUGUCUUUUUCCAAGUUGUUGAAUUCAAGAAACUCAAUCAGGAGCAAGAUAUUGACACAGAGGUGCCUUUCAAUCCAUUAUGAGCAAUGUAUUCGGCUAAGGCCAUUCAUAUACCAUGCACUACUUUUCUGUUUUUUGUAAAUCGUGUAAAUUCAGCUCUGCAUUCCUUAAUAAAACCUUUCUACAUUGAUAA